AGGGGAAGGUCGAUCCCGAGCUGUUCUGCCAACUGGGCCACUUCAGCCUCCUCCUGGAGGAUUAUCCGAAAGCAUUAUCUGCGUACCAGAGGUACUUCAGUUUACAGUCGGACUACUGGAAGAAUGCUGCCUUUUUGUACGGCCUUGGUAUGGUCUACUUCCAUUACAAUGCAUUUCAGUGGGCGAUCAAAGCCUUCCAGGAGGUGCUGUACAUUGACCCCAGCUUCUCUCGGGCCAAGGAGAUCCAUCUGCGCCUCGGACUCAUGUUCAAAGUCAACACAGACUAUGAGUCAAGCCUAAAGCAUUUUCAGCUGGCUUUAAUUGACUCAAACCCCUGCACUUUGUCCAAAGCUGAAAUUCAGUUCCACAUCGCUCACUUGUAUGAGAUCCAGAAGAAGUACCGAGCUGCCAAGGAGGCGUACGAGACCCUCCUGCAGACGGAGAACCUCUCGGCACAGGUGAAGGCCGCCACGCUGCAGCAGCUGGGCUGGAUGCAUCACACGGUGGAGCAGCUUGGAGACAAAGCCAGUAAGGACAGCUACGCUAUCCAGUGUCUGCAGAAGUCGCUGGAAGCCGACCCAAACUCGGGCCAGUCCUGGUACUUCCUGGGCAGGUGCUAUUCCAGUAUUGGCAAGGUCCAGGAUGCCUUCAUCUCCUACCGCCAAUCCAUCGACAAGUCUGAGGCCAGUGCUGACACGUGGUGCUCAAUAGGCGUGCUCUACCAGCAGCAGAACCAGCCCAUGGACGCCCUGCAGGCCUACAUCUGCGCGGUGCAGCUGGACCACGGGCACGCUGCCGCCUGGAUGGACCUGGGUACCCUGUAUGAGUCCUGCAACCAGCCCCACGACGCCGUCAAGUGUUACAUCAACGCGACACGCAGCAAAAACUGCAGCAACAGCGCCGCACUCCUGGCCCGCAUCAAAUGCCUGCAGGCUCAGUUGUGUAACCUCCAGCAGAGUAGUCUGCAGAGUAACAGUAAAAUGCUUCCCAGUAUAGAGGAAGCAUGGAGCUUACCAAUCCCAGCAGAGCUAACAUCCAGGCAGGGCGCCCUGAGCACGGCCCAGCAGGCCUGCAAACCGCACCAGGGGGGUGCCGGCGAGGGCGGCCCUGGGCAGCCCCCCGUACCACCCCAGGCGCUGCCGCUGCCCGCGGGGCCCGCCGACGAGCGCUCCAGCCCGGCCAAGCGGAAGCGGACGUCGAGCCCAGAGAAGCGGAAUCCCCCCGAAGCCUGGGAGGGCAGCCCAGUGGCGGGGGCCGCCCAUCAGCAGCAGCAAGCCCCAAGCUGGUACCUGACGCCUCAGAAGAUGCAGCUCCUGGAGCAGUUACGGACCAGCCGAGCGAAUCUGAAACCUUUUCAGCUCCAGAUGCUGGAACAGCUGGAGAGCCAGUUCAGUGUCAUGCAGCAGCGCCGACAGCAGGUGAGACACGCCGUUGCCAUUGGCCAGGUGCGACUGUCCGUGCCCAACGGUCCCCGGCCUGGUCCACCGCCGCCUGCUCACGUCGCAGCCCAGCACCCCCACGGGGCUGCUUCUCGCAUGCCUGGCCCCGCCUGCCCUGGGCCCCCACUGGCCAACGGGCCCUUCCCACCUGGCUCUGUCCCCUCCGGGGGGGGUCUCCAUGCGCUGGGGCUGGGGAGCAAUGGAAACGUGCCUUACCUGCAGCAGAACGCACUACCUCACGCCCGCCCGACGCCAGUUGGCUGUGCCGAAGAGCCGUGGGCAGACCGACGUGUCACUCAGGGGCUUCAGAAAGUUCCGGGUCUGUGUCCCGCUGCCCCCAAUGGCGAACAGACUUUCUCUCUCACUGGGACAUCCCCCGAUUCCCAGUCAGCUGGCACCGGUGCUCAGAAUCAGGUCGGGCAACCCAGCGUGCCGAGCGACUCUCCGCCACAGGGGGGCGCUCACAAUCACCUCCCCCCCCCUCCCCACACGCCUACCUCAGGUGGACAGCAAGGCGUCCCCUUAACCAAAGAGAGCGGGCCUUCAGGGAACGGCACGCCGAGCGGCGCCGUCGCUGUCGACGGGCUGCCUAAUCACGUCCAUCAGGCAGCGGCAGGCGCCGCCCCCAGCCCCGGCUCCGCGGGGCCCCGGACCCUGGGCCCUGGACUCACUUCAGACAAUCCUCAGCUCUCUGCCUUGUUGACGGGAAAAGCCGGUAACGGCAGCCCCAGUGAGAGGCUCAACAACAUCCAUCCGGCCGCCCACGGCCCCAGUGUCCCGGGGGACGCCCCCUCGCUCCCCCCCAAGCCUGCGGAACCCAGCGCCACCAGCCUUAACGGCCCCCCCUCGGGCCUGGGACCUACAGUAAACGGGAGGGGCUCGGAUGACUCGUGGAGCCCCCUAGCGGCAGAUCCCCCCAUCUUUGGACGCAAACCCGUUCUGACCUUGGCACCCUCGUCCUCUCUCUCCAUCUACCCGAGUUCUGCAGAUGUGCUCAAGGCUUGCAGGAAUCUGGGCAAGAACGGCCUGUCGAGCAGCAGCAUCCUGUUGGGGAAGUGCCCUCCUCCGCGGGUGCCGGCUGCACCCACCCCCCCACUGCCAAAGGACAAACUGAACCCCCCCACGCCAAGUAUUUAUCUGGAGAACAAGAGGGAUGCUUUCUUCCCACCCCUGCACCAGUUCUGUACGAACCCAUCCAACCCGGUGGCGGUAAUCCGGGGCCUGGCUGGUGCGCUGAAACUGGACCUGGGCCUCUUCUCCACCAAGACCCUGGUGGAGGCCAACCCCGAGCACCUGGUGGAGGUGCGGACGCAGCUGUCCCAGCCUGCUGACGAGAACUGGGACACCACAGGCACCCGCAAGGUGUGGCGCUGCGAGAGCGGCCGCUCGCACACCACCAUCGCCAAGUAUGCUCAGUACCAGGCUUCGUCCUUCCAGGAGUCCCUACGGGAGGAGAAUGAGAAGAAAGGGCAGAAGGACCACUGGGAUGCGGACUGCGCGUCCUCGGACAGCGUGGGCAGGCGACGGAAAGGCCCCGUUAAGUACAUCAAAUUUGGGACGAACGUUGACCUGUCAGACGAGAAGAAGUGGAAGCUGCAGCUGCAGGAGCUGAGCAAGCUGCCUGCGUUUGCCCGCGUGGUGUCUGCAGGGAACCUCCUGAGUCACGUGGGACACACUGUCCUGGGCAUGAACACCGUGCAGCUCUACAUGAAGGUCCCCAGCAGCCGCACCCCAGGUCACCAGGAGAACAACAACUUCUGCUCCGUCAACAUCAACAUCGGCCCGGGAGACUGCGAGUGGUUCGCUGUGCCAGAGCUGUACUGGGGCGUCAUGAAUGACUUCUGUGAGAAAAAUAAUAUCAACUUUCUCAUGGGCUCUUGGUGGCCCAACCUGGAGGAUCUGUACGAGGCCAAUGUGCCGGUCUACCGCUUCAUCCAGCGGCCGGGAGACCUGGUGUGGGUCAACACAGGCACGGUGCACUGGGUGCAGGCCAUCGGCUGGUGCAACAACAUCGCCUGGAACGUGGGGCCGCUCACAGCCUACCAGUACAAGCUGGCCGUGGAGCGAUAUGAGUGGAAUAAGCUCCAGAGCGUAAAAUCCAUCGUUCCCAUGAUUCACCUGUCCUGGAACAUGGCCAGGAACAUCAAAGUGUCAGACCACAAGCUUUUUGAGAUGAUCAAGUACUGCCUCCUGAGGACCCUGAAGCAGUGCCAGAUGCUGAGGGAGGCUCUCAUCUCCGCAGGGAAGGAGGUGCAGUGGCACGGAAAGACCCGGGAGGAACCGGCACACUACUGCAGCAUCUGUGAGGUGGAGGUCUUCAACUUGCUCUUCGUCACCAGUGAGAGCAACUGGCGUAAGACCUACGCAGUGCACUGCCAGGACUGUGCGCGCAAGGCCAGUGCUGAUCUGCACGCCUUUGUGGUGCUGGAGCAGUACAAGAUGGAGGAUCUCAUGCAGGUGUACGACCAGUUCACGCUGGCCCCGCCUUUGCCUCCUCCCUCAUCUUGACGUCGACAUUUCCUGCCCGGCGCACUGUGCGCGGGAAGUCGAGGAGGCCUUUCUGAUAUUCAGGAAGCCAGCCGGUCCAGAUGCCGCUGGGCUCUGUAGCUAAUCCUACGAGGCUGCGUCUGGAAGCUUCUGUCUAUGCAACCUGCCGACCCAGCGAUGGGAGGGCGGGGGACCCUCUGGGACACUCGACAGCCCCCCCUGGCUGUAUGCAUAUGGAGCCCAUUGGGUGGAGGCACCCCUUUUGUACAUAUCGAUACCUUCAUCGGUCACAACUGGCAAACACAAAGACUACUGACCCGAAUCUCCGUUUUCUAUUGUUUUUGGGCUGAUACAAAGUUUUUUUUAUUUUAAUUUUUUUCUCCUCCUUCCCCCCCCCCCCACACCCACGAAAUGAAUACUAGCUUGGCUGGUCUUUUUUUGUAUAGUAGACAGACAUUUUAAGUCUAUUUGGGCAACAAAAUGACAAAGAGAAAUGGGGGGGGAAUUUGUAAUGUGAAACGUUAGGUGAUAUAAUUUUUUACGGCUUUCGUUUUACGUCGUUAUUUUUGGAACCAUGUCGGUAAAUCUUUCGGUUUCUUAGUUUAAAUUUUAAAAGAGGGAAAAAAUCAAGGACGACAGCCAAGUGAAGAGAAUUCGUUGCACAUAGACUAAGAAUUAAACAUUAAUUUGCGAUUUUCUUUGUUUCUAAUCUUGAUGUAAAUUUACACUAUUUAUAAAUACAUAUUUAUUGCUUGGAAAUAUUUGUGGAUGGAAUGCUGUUAUUUUUCCCAGAGUACCUGCCAUUAAAUUUUAAGGAGUUCUGUCAUUUUACGCACCACUCCUAAUUACCUUUUCUAUAUAUAAAUGAAACUGCUUAGCAACCUUGUACAGAAACAUCAUUAAAAUUGUUUUAUUGUUUGCUGUA